AUGCCCCCACGUGGAAAUGAUGUUGAUGCUGCGUCACGAGAGCUGGCCGAAGGCGCUUUCCGCCAUAACCUGGUCAAGGCGGUGUUCGACAACGUGGACGCUGCCUUCUGGAAGGAGCGCUCUCCAGUCACCAUCCAGCUGCUGAUGGCCUUCACGGCGGCAGGCUUCGCCGAGCUUAUCAACAGCAUGCCACUCUGCAACCUCAUCAUGCCCAUCGUAUUCGAGAUAGCGUCGGUGUCCACCACCAACCCUGUGCUGUACGCGAUUCCGGUAGCGGCCGCGGCAUCGUCGAACCUCAUCUUCCCGUCAAGCAUUCCCGUGGUCAUCCUGAGGAACUCUCUGGAAAUGCCCACGAGCGAAGCGGUGGUGGUAGGCCUGGUGCUCAAGGCCGUCCUGGUUGUGUCGGCGGUACUGUCCACCAACACGGUGGGACGCCUCCUUUUUGAGGCCGAAGGAAAGCGCUUGGAAUCGACACUGCCAAGCCUGACCACUCCUAUGCUCAACACGAGCUUCAUCGCCGCUCCAUUCGAGUAACGGCGUCGGCUUGAACGUUUUUGAGCCGCACAGUGCCGACCACGUCAGGUCAACGCUGUAUGCUCACGGUAGAGGUGUCAUUAAAGACACGCAUUUUCGCUCAACUUAGUUUUUAAUGACUGUUUAAAGUGAUUUGAAGCAUUUUGUGACUGUGACAGUGAGGAGCGAUUGGACGCCCAAUGUGAUAGUGACGACGUGUACGUGCAAGCGUGUGCCCUGUGGUGACGUGACGUAUACUUGUCGGCCUGUGCUUGACACAUUGUGCAACUCCACGCCGCUUGGGUGAUCUUGGCGAUUCGUCACCGGUGGCGUGUUAUUCGUGCCAAACUGUUUAUAAGAAAACGUCCAUAAAGUUUGCCUUCAAACCUAGUUGUUCACUGUGACUGACCGUUUUAGUGUCGUGAAUGCACUUCUAAUGGCGUUAUUUUUGUUUCUUUUCACGUUGUGUGCAACUAUCCACACUCCUGUAAUGGUUUCAUACAUCACUGGUACACUUUCAGUUGCUAUGUCUCCUACCAAUGUCUCGUGUACGAGUCCUCCGACAAUUUGUACGCGUAAUGUAGGUGGACAUUUUGCUAAGUUGCCCACCACAAUUAAUUCGAAGGCAAUUAAUUCGGAGCGCUAGGCACCAUGCCUCAUUUUGCGGUGAUGUAGGCUGCUCAAAGAAUGAUGUGUAGACAUCUUAUAGUAUACAA